CGGCGCCAGUGCCAGUGCCAGCCGUGACUUCGGCCGUUGCGCAUCCUCCGCCCCGCUCUCCCUCGCCAGCCAUGUGGAAGGUCCUCCUCGUCGCGCUGCCUCUGGUCCUCGUCCCCUGCCGGGCAACUGGGCCGCUGGAGCAGGUUGCUGAGCAGAGCACACACACAGGAGAUCAGGAAACAAUGAACACGGAAGAACAGCGGUUUAAGUACUUGUUAUAUCAGAUCAGUGGAACCGUGCAGAAGCUAAUGACUGAACAACAAAAGUACAUCGACAAUCGCUUCGAUACUUUAACGCUGGCAAUGGAAAUGGCCUGCAGCUCCCACGCAGUUAGUCAGGUGAACGACCGAGUAGAUGUCGCGGAAACAGGAAUUGACAUGGAAAAUAUGGCCGCUGAGAUCGUGCGAAUUUUGACAGCGGUACUUCAGAGUCAGCUGUCCUCUCUGGCGACCUCCGGGGCCGUGAGCGACCUGCAGAGUAACCUGUCCUCCUUCGCCUCCAGCGUGACGGAGGAGGUCAAGCAGGCGAUCUCCAGUCUGACUUCCGAGAUAGACACGAAGAGUAAGAGUGUUGCCACAAAUAGUCAAAUCCAAGAAAUUAAGGAGCAGCUCGCCAGUGUUACAGCUUGUAGCCACAGAAAAGACUUCGACCAAGUGUUGGCAUUGCUGACAACAACCGAGGAAGACAUAGACGAUCUGGAGGAGUCUCUGAAAACGUCCUUAGCAGAGCAAAAGGCCGCGUGCCUGGGAGAGGAUGAGCACCAGGAACGCACGGCCAGCCUGGUGCAGCUGCUGGAGAGCCUGCAGGUCUCGGUGAACAGCAACGCCGACAGCAUCCGCAGCGUCGCCUCCGCUGUGGGGGGGCUGGAGGGCGAGGUCGCGGCGCGUCUCGGGGCCCUCGAGGAGCUGGCCGAGAAAAUCAACAACAACACGCUGCUUCCUCCGCCUCCUCCGCCCCCUUCCACCACCACCACAACCACAACCACCACGACCCCGCGACCCACCACCACAACAACAGCCUCGAUCAGCCCCUGCCUCGACAGCACCUUCGUCGGUUGCGGUGUGCGAUGCUGGAUGUGUGUGACGCCGCAGUCCGCUUCAAGAAGUGUCGGCUGGACUUCGUGGCGUACCACUGCUGCCGCUCCUGCACGGACGCCGGGAUGAUCGCCGAAAUGGGGCCGCACCGCUACCUCGCCUUCGACAGGAAAGUGUCCAUCCUGAAGGCCCUGCAGAUCAUGAGGCCGUAGAGGGCGCUCCGCUGUUUUCUUUCUUUCUUUCUUUUCUUUCUUUCUUUUUUGUCCUUGUUUUUCUUUUUAUCUCACUCCGAUCCUUUGAGCUCUUGUAGUAGCCUGACAUCCGAUUUGAUUUAAUAAUGGACUCUAAAAUUGACCACGGUUAUUCCGGUGAUUUAAUGUAUAAUAGCAACUUGUAUGCUCCCCUAAAUAAAAAAAAAUGGUAUAUUGAUAUACGUAUUAUGUAUCAGUAUAUAAAUGUGAUAUAGGGGCCAACAUAUUUCACUUUUAUUUCUCAUUUUGUAUAUGUCAAAUAAUCAAACAUGUAUAUCUUCAAUAACAUGCGGAAAAAUAUAAAUACCUUUUGUGCGACUGUGCUGUAUGUAAAUAACCAUAAUAGAGACAUUUAGCUAACACCCUUUACGAAAUAACGUAAGGUUAUCCGUAGUGAAACACAUGCUAAACAAAUUGUAAAUAAGGAAACGAAGGGAAAAGAUAGAAAGAAGUGAAUAACACGAUAAUCCAGAAUACCUUUUUCCUGUAUUACUUCUUCGGGGCAUGAAGGGGCAAUGCAGCGAGAAAGGUCUUCGGGAAAUGCGUGUUUCUUCAUACUGCACCCUCGAAGGCGAGUAUUAUAUGUGCGAGUAAUUCCCCGAAUAGAAGUGAAAUGACUACUUCGAUAUCACUUCUUUGUUCCACUCACGCAAUUCUUAUGAAUAUGUCGUAGGACCAAUUAUACAUCAUGCAAAAUGGAA